AUGGAGGAAACAAGCAAAGAAAAGGAGGUUGCAAAGGAGACUGAGAAAGUGCAAGAGCAGGCAUUAGAAACAGUGAUGGGGCAGGAUCUAACUCAAGUCACAGGAAGGAAGCAACCUCCAGCAUCCUUCCCGCAUAGGUUGGAUAAAUAUCAGAAGGAUGAGCAGUACAAAAAAUUCAUGGAAAUGUUGAAGCAAAUUCAGGUAAACAUUCCUCUAAUUGAUUCUUUGAGGAAGAUGCCUGGUUAUGCAAAAAUGAUGAAUGACUUGAUGUCUCACAAGUUCGACUUUCAAGACUUGGCAACUAUGAUAUUGACUCAUACCUGUAGUGCUGUUGUGACAAGACCUAUAGCGGAUAAGCUAUCCGACCCUGGAAGCUUCACAAUUCCAUGCACCAUAGGUAGUUAUGCAUUCGCCAAAGCGUUGUGUGAUUUGGGGGUUGGAAAGUUUGUGUUUCCGGCAGAUUUUGUCAUUCUAGACUGCCAGGUUGAUGAGGAGAUUCCCAUAAGUUUGGGAAGUCCGUACUUGGCCACAGGAAGAGCUCUGAUUGAUUCUGAAACUGGGAGAUAA